GGGACAGCCUCGGGGGGCGGGGAGCUGUGAGGAGAGGUAGGCAGCGAAGGGAGGGGCAGCCUGAAGAAUGAGCAGCCCUGAUGUGGCUGAGCUGAGGUAGGAACGCGAUGCUGCAGGGUGGGAUGUUUCUGUAGCAGCGGGAGUCUCGGCGUGUCACCCACCCUGAAAGGGGGGGAUUGAUGGGGUGAGAAAAGAGCUGUACCCUAGGAGAUGCACUGAGUGAUCAGUUAGAGGCCUUAGCAGGGUCUCUUGGGAGCCCCAGAAGUAGGUUUGGGUGCUGCGAAGGAGGGAGGAUGAAGGAAACUUGCCGGAUCUGUGCCCGAGAGCUGUGCGGCAACCAGCGGCGAUGGAUCUUCCACACGGCGGCCAAGCUGAACCUCCAGGUGCUGCUCUCCCACGUCCUGGGCAGGGAGCUGUGCCGGGAUGGCAAAUCCGAGUUUGCUUGCAGCAAGUGUGCCUUCAUGCUGGACCGCAUCUACAGGUUCGACACCGUCAUCGCACGCAUCGAAGCCCUCUCCAUCGAGCGGCUGCAGAAACUGCUGCUGGAGAAAGACCGCCUCAAGUUCUGCAUCGCAAGCAUGUACCGCAGGAACAAUGAAGACUCUAGCACAGAUGACAGAGCUGGGGAUGGGACUGUGGACCUUUCUAACCUGCCUGAUGCACGGUAUGCUGCCCUCCUCCAGGAGGACUUUGCUUAUUCUGGGUAUGAAUACUGGACGGAUCAAGAAGAGCACAGCUUAGAGCCACACAGCUGCCAUGCUUCAGAGGGAGCGAGCAACCGCCCGCGACGCUGCCGUGGCUGUGCUUCACUGCGGGUGGCUGAUGCUGACUACGAAGCGAUUUGCAAAGUGCCACGAAAGGUGGCCAAAAGCAUCUCCUGCGGGCUGUCCAGCCGGUGGUCAGCCAGCACGGGCAACGAGGAGUCAUCUGUGUGUGAUGUGGCGGAGUCUGCCAGUACCAGAGUGCCCGUAGAUGGGGAGAGCAUGGAGGAAGGCACACCUGCAUCCUCUGUUGAGUCCCUGGACACGACUGUGGAGGCAAGCCCUCCACAGCAGAAGGAUGAAGAUGCAGAUAAGGGGGUGAAAGGGAAUGGGAAGUGUGAUGACUUCUCAGAUGACCGCAUGACCCCGAACUCUUCGCAGAGUGGGAACAGGCUUGAGUUUGCCCUCAGUUUGAUCAAGGCUUUGGACUACAAACCCCUUCAGAGUCCUCGAGGCAGCAGGCUACCUAUUCCUGUGAAGUCCAACUUGUCCUCUGCCAAGCUCAGCCGUGAUUUGGCAGAUGGCAGUGCUUCUGCUGACUUUGCGUGCGCUGGAUCUGCCUUCCUGAAUGCAGACAGAAAAUCCUUUUCCAGAGCUCCUUUGGGUGUUUCCCUGGAGAUUUCUGAACUGCAGGAGCUGUGGGAUGACCUCUGUGAGGAUUAUAUGCCGCUGCGGGUACAGAAUUUGCAGGAUGAGCAACAGCAGCUGGCUCCAGGUGACCCUGCAGCAGGGGAGCACGUAUCCCAUCUGCAUGCUGCAGAGCUGCAGGGCAAGAUCCAGCAGGUUGAAGCUGCCAACCAGUUGUUACAGGAAAAGCUGAAUGGUUUGAAUUUUCAAUUAAAAUCUGUCCAAGAAACAUCGCAGAGGCAAGAUCGUACAAUCCAGAGUCUGAAUGAGGCCCUGAAGAGCAAAGAGAGCAAGACAGAAGAACUUUACCAAAUCAUUGAAGGGCAGAAUGAGACAAUGGCCAAGCUGCAGGACAUGUUACACAGAAGUCAUCUGGGACAGUUGCAGAUUUCGGAGAGCCCACUCUCACUGCAGGAGCAGCAAAUGUCGCUGCUAGAUCUUCAGAACAUGGUUUUCUGCACCAAGUUGGAGGUGCAGAAACUGAAAAGAGCUCAGCGCCAGAAAGAGUUUCAACUAGCUGAAGCCAAGAGAGCAUCCCAGCUCCUAGAGACCAUGGUGUAUGAGGAAGAACAGCAGAAAGAGGCAACCUGGAAACACAACCAGGAGCUGCGUACUCUGGUACAGCAGCUGCAGGCAGAGCUUCAGAACAAGGCUCAGCAGCUUCAGACUGUGGAGUGGCAGAAGUGCCGUGAGCUGCAGGCCCAGGAGCAGAGAGUUCAGCACUUGAGUCAGCACCUGGCUCACAAGGAACAACUUCUCCAGGAAUCAAGGGAGCUUCUGCAAUGCCAGCAAAGCUUGGACAAGAGCCCUGCAGCCAUGAAUGCCAUGCUGGUGAAACUGCAACAGCGAGUCAGUGACAGGGAUGCUGCUCUGGAGCGAGCAGUAGAUGAGAAAUUCUGUGCCCUGGAGAAGAAAGAGCAAGAACUGCAACAGCUCCAUCUCUCAAUAAGGGAGCGUGGAACUGACCUGGAGAGGCUGCGCAAUGUCUUGUCUAGCAACGAGGCCACCAUUCAUAGCCUGGAGAGCCUCCUGAAAGCCAAAAGCCUGGAAUUAGAGCAGGUCUCAGCAACCUGCCAAAACCUCCGCUGGCUCAAGGAAGAGAUAGAGGCCAGAUCCUGCAGCAGGCAGAAGGAGCAGGAGGGAAUUAUCCAGCAGCUGCAGACCUGCCUGCAUGACAGGAACAAGGAAGUGGAGGAGCUUACAGCAACUCUGCUGUGCAAGCUGGGCCCAGGACAGAGUGAGGUAGCAGAGGAGCUGUGCUUGCGUCUCCAGCAGAAGGAGAAAAUGCUGCAAGAACUUCUCAGCGACAGGAACCGUCAGACCAUGGAGCAUGAUGCUGAAAUCCGGGAGCUGCUACAAGCUGUGAACACCAAGGAGCAGCAGAGCAGAGUGGCUGCUGAGAAGAUGGUGCAAGCUUUGGCUGAAAGGGGCUCUGAGUUACAACUCCUGCGGCAGCAUGUGUUGCGGAAGGAGCCUGUUGGGACCCAGUUGGCUGGUGCCAGCCUGUUGAAGCAGGACAAACAGCCCAUACAAGAAAUACUGCAAGGAGCUUGUGGAGCCACAGCCAUUGCUGGACGCCCACAGGGGGACAGCAGCUGCAGGACAGAAGGGGUUACAGUGUCAGCAGCAGAGCUGGAGAAGGAUCUUGUUAAUGCCAAAGAGGAGCUGGAGCUAAUGGCAAAGAAGGAAAGAGAAAGCAGGCGAGAGCUCACUGCUCUCCAGUCUGUUGUGGCCACGCAGGAGGAAGAGCUGCAGGUGCAGGCCUCAGAUAUAGAGUCCUUGACCAGGACCAUUCAGAUCAAAGAGGACCUUAUCAAGGAUCUUCAGAUGCAGCUGGUGGAUCCUGAAGAAAUUCCAGCUGUGGAAAGGCUGACACAAGAAGUGCUAGUGCUUCGGGAGAAAGUGGCCAUAGCAGAGUCAAGAGGACAGGAGGCUGCUGGAAACAGAAGGCAGCAGUUGUUACUGAUGCUGGAAGGGUUGGUGGCUGAGAGGAAUCGGUUAAAUGAGGCUCUUCAGGCAGAGAGACAGCUCUAUGGCAGCCUGGUAAAGUUUCACACACACCCAGACAGCGCUGCAAGAGACCACACUCUGCAGGUGGAGCUGGAGGGGGUCCAUGAGCUCCGGGGACAGCUGGAAGAAGCUCUGGGAAGAAGCUUGGAGUGUUUGAGCAGGCUGGAUUCACAGGGUGCCAUAGGAGGUCAGGCCACAGGCACAGACACUGAUGAUGCCAGCACCAACUUUACCCACAACAUCAAGGAGGAGGCAGCCCAUGGUGUGGCAACCCAGCACAGCAGCCUCCAAACUCGCAAGGAAAGAGGGGGCACUGAAAGGACCCUGAUGGGGACCACAGCGCCCACUGUGCCAGAGCGGGAGCUGCGGGCGGAAGAGGAACUGCGGGAGCUGAAGGCGCAGCUGGAGGAAGCCGGCUUCUCCUCUGUCUCCCACAUCAGGAAGGCGAUGCUGAGUCUUUACCUCGAGAAUGCAGAGCUGAAGGAGCGGAUGGGUGAAGCCACGUCGCUGCUGGAGAAUGGGGAGCAGGACGAGGCUGGGCUAGGCGGCCCCUUGGCCCCUGAGCCGCGCAGGCUGCCGAGGAAGAGCGGCAGUGCCCUCUGGGGCUGCCCAGCCGGCGGCAGCGAGGAUGGACAGGGAGCUCCAGCAGAGCGGGGAGCUGUGCCCGCCAAACGUCCAGCGCUGGAGGCACGAUCCCAGGAUGACAUGGCCAAGAGACCCUGCCCUGGCACCCUAGGCAGAGGGGACAGGAGUUCUGUAAGUGUCCUGGGCACAGGGAACAGAGAUGGAGAUGGAAAGGGAGAGUUCACAGUCUUAUCUUCCCUCUGGAAGGUGGAGGGCACGGUCCCUGGUGGGAGCUGGCCAGGGCUAGGAGCAGAGCUUCGCUCCCAGGUGGCGCAGGGACAGAAGCAGUGCCAGGAGCUGAAGGACAAGCUUGCUGCCUCGGAGGCCAUGGUGCAGGCACAAGCCGAGCAGCUAGAGAAGUGCCAUGUCCUGCUCCGUGAACCCCACGCCCAGCAGCUCAGCAAGCAAGUGCAGGUGGACUUCCAGGACCUGGGCUAUGAGACGUGUGGGCGAAGUGAGACCGAGGCCGACCGGGAUGAGAUCACAAGCCCUGAGUGCGAGGAGCCAGAUGUAUUCAGUGAGCCUAGCCUGGGUGAGGAGCUGGGGAUGCCCAGAGCGAGCAAGGCUGCCCAGAAAGCCAUGGCCUCGGCAGAUGUGGGCGCCCUGCACCAGCACAUCCAGGACCUCAAGGCACAGCUGCUCAAUGCCAACAAGGUGAUCCAGAGCCUGCAGCGCCGCACCCGCUCCAUCUCCGUCACCAGUGGCUACACCUCGGGAGCCGAGCGGCCCCCGCCGGGUCCCACAGUCCUGGCCUCCCCGGCGCACAGCCUCACCGACGAGGACGAGGGCUGGCAGUCCGACGGCCACAGCGCCCUCUGCCCGCCCGCCCUGCGGGCACACCGCGACCUGCAGCACCUGGUGCACCGCGUUGCCCUCCUCGAGGCGCAGCUGCCCGCAGCCAAGGCCGGUGGCGUUUUGCCCAAGGAGCUGCAAUCUGCCACUUGGCCGGGGAAAUACAAUUCGUUGAUUCAAGCGCAGGCUCGGGAGCUCUCCCAUCUGCGGCAGACACUGCGGGAGGGCUGCGGGGUGAGCCGCAGCCUGGUCCAGCACCUGCGCGAUGCCCUGCGGUCCUUUGAGGACCUCCUCCGUGGCACCGACAUUGACUACUACCAGGGGCAGGGCUUUCGGGAGCAGCUGGCUCAGGGCAGGCAGCUGGCUGAGAGGCUCAGUGACAAGCUGGGCACCAGAGAUCGAUGUGACAGAGACGAUAAAACCAGUCACGAACUCCUGGCACUGAGGCUUAGCCGGGAGCUCCAGGAAAAGGAGAAGGUGAUUGAGAGCCUGGAGGUGAAGCUGCAGGAGCGCUGCAAGUCCCCAGGCAGCAGCCACCCACCCUCCGAGUCAUCCUGCUCUGCCACCAGCUCCUCCUUUGUGUCUGAUGGGCUGGAACCCUGCUCUGAUGGCGACACAGCCAGCCAGUGCAGCCAGUGCUGUGAGGAGCCCCCCCAACACACAGGCCUUCACGUUGACUCCUUGUCCAAACCCAUUAGUGCCCCCCUGCCUACACUGGCCCCUGGGCUGUCCCCAUUCCUGCCUGCAGGUCUCCCCCCCGCUACAGUACCCCUGCUCCUGGGCUGCUGUGGGAACCCAGUGUGCUCCCUGGCUGAGGCGCAGCAGGAGCUGCAGGUGCUCCAGAGACAACUGGGAGAAAGUAUGAUGCUACCCAUGGCACCAGCAAAGCCCACAGCCCCACUGGGCCCCUUCAGAGAGGGCAGCAAAGUCCCAGCAGCACCCUGCCGACACGGUGCACUGCAGAGCCCCAGGGCCACUGAGACCCGCACCCUCUGGGACAUACCCUCUCCUGGCCAGCCACUUUACAGGACCCUGCCAUCAGGGUAUCCCUCCAUCCAGAAGUUAACAGGGGCAGAUCUGCUGGAGGAGCACUUGGUGGAGAUCCGCAGCCUGCGCCAGCGGCUCGAGGAGUCCAUCUGCACCAAUGACCGGCUCCGCGAGCAGCUCGAGCGCCGCCUGGCCUCUGCCGGCAAGGACAGUGGAUUGUCCAGCGAUGUCUAUGCCCAGUCACCGGAGCUGGGGCUGCAGUUGAGCGGGGAGAACAAGGCUCUGCGUGAGGACAACCGGACCCUGCGGCUUCAGCGUGACCACAUCUCCCAAGAGCUGACGCGGGUGCAGGAGGCACUCGUGGCUGCUUGCUCCCGAGCCCGGGAGGCUGAAGCAGAGCUGGAACAGAGGCGCGGGAAGCAGCAGAGGCUGGCUGAGGAGCUCGCUGAGCAGCAAGAGAAUGUCCGGCAGCUCCGGGAGGAGCGGCGCUCUCUGCAGGAGGACAGCAACAGGCUGCAGCACACGGUGACGCUCCUGCAGCAGCAGUGUGAGGAGCACCGCCUGCUGCUGCAGACACUGCGUGCAGAGCUGCACGCCUACGAGAACCUCCCUGGCCCCUCUGCCGAGACCCGUGCAGGCUGCUUCCCAUCUCCUCCAGUGCGGGAUGUUGGCACAAGUUCAGCAGCACCCCUCUUCUCCCCACUGUCCUCUGACAUGUUUGUGACCCGGCAGAUGGACGGGCCAUGUGGGGCAGACCCACUGGUGAGGAAGAGUGAGGGCCCAAUGAGGGCUCAUGUCAUUGGCUGCCUGGACACCUACCGGGCCCUGGAGCAGCACAUCCUGGAGGGGAAGGCGCUGGCCUGUGAGCUGAUGUGUCUCACGCGCCCUGCACUUGGGCUGCCCAACUGCCUGCUCCCGGGAAAGGAGGUAAAGUGUGGGCAGGACAGGGCUGGCAGUGGCUGGGGGCCAGACACUCUGAAGACCAUGUGUAAAGUGGCCCCUGAGCCCAGUAUCAGCCCUGAGCCUUGCAGGGCUGGCAAGCAGCUGGCAGCCUCCAGCUUGGGGGCUGCUGUUGGUACUGCCCCGCAGUGGUGGGCUGGCCAGGGUGAGUGUCUGGAUGCAGUGGGAUGUAGGUGCCCUGGCAGCGCCCGCUCCCGAACCCCUUUCCUACAGGCCCUGCAGUGGACAGGCACAGGGCCUCUCUGGGGCAGUGCCAGCACCCUGCACGGCAUCCUGGAGCAGUGCGUGUCUCUCCUCGCUGCCUUCUGGAGCACUGUGCUGCCCAUCAGCCCAGCCCAGCACCAGGGCAAGGAGCAGGUGCUACAGGGCGAGAUCGCAGCGCUGCGGGCACAGCUCUCUGAAAGGGAGGAUGCUCUGCAGAGCACCGCCAAGCGGCUGCGCAGCACGGCGCAGCUCAAGGACAGCAUGGAGCAGUUCAUUGUCAGCCAGUUGAGCAGGACCCACAAUGUGUUGCGCAAGGCUAGGACGAACCUGGAGGUGAAAGCCCAGCAGGCCCUGCCCGUCGCUUGAGCAGGGCUGGGAGCAAUGCCUCCACUCACGGAACAGCCUGCUGGCUGCUGAGCCAUGCCAGGCCGGAGGGCUGGAGAGGACCCUGUCCCUGCUACUCCAAGGGGUAGGGUGGACAGGGGUCUGGGCAAUCCAGUGCUACAUAGCUAGUGGGUUUGGGCUGCUGCAGUGGUUGCAUGACCUCCACCUGUCUUUGCUUGGUAUUGCAGCAGCAGCUGCUGGCUUGGGCUUUGCCUGCCCCAUGCGUCAGUGCUCGCCCCUUUCCACCCACAGUACUUAAGGUGGGGUGUACAGCCCUCCACAUCAAGCACCUCUCACCCUGGGACUUGGUCCCAUUUGUAACCCUGCUGCAUACCCGUCCCUGCUAUUGGAUGUAUGUAUAUGUAUAUAGACAGAAGUAUCAAGAGCCGCACUUUGGGGCCUCCCCAGGCAUGCUGGGGGCCCAGUGUGGGAGGAUGUAAGAAAUGCCACAUUCUGUUCAGUGGCUGGAGAGUCCCCAAUAAAGGUUUCCUGCAGGUUGUGGUGUUUCUGGCA